CCCUCCGCUCUCGCCGCGCACGCCCGGACUGGCUCUGCCCGGCCCUGCUGUGCUCCGCUGUGCCCCGCUGGUGAUCGCGCUUCGGCCUUGCCGGCGGGAUGCAGGACCCAAAUAAAGAUACAGAGUGGAAUGACAUCCUGCGCAAGAAAGGUAUCCUUCCUCCAAAGGAGAACUUGGAGGAACAGGAGCGUGCAAAGGAAGAGGAGCAACUUGCCAUCCUUCAGAAGUCUCUUGUGAAAACUUAUGAGGACAUGACUCUGGAAGAGCUAGAAGAGAAUGAAGAUGAAUUUAAUGAGGAAGAUGAGAAAGCUAUUGAAAUGUACAGACAGCAGAGGUUAAAGGAAAUGAAAGCAGCUCAAAUGAAGAAUAAAUUUGGAGAAGUUUUGGAGAUUUCAGGAAAAGAUUAUGUUCAAGAGGUUACGAAAGCUGGAAAAGAUAUAUGGGUAGUCUUGCACCUUUACAAACAAGGGAUUCCACUCUGUGCCUUGAUAAAUCAACAUAUGAGCAGCCUUGCAAAAAAGUUCAGAGAUGUGAAAUUCAUCAAAGCAAUCUCUACCACCUGCAUUCCCAACUAUCCUGAUAAGAACCUGCCUACGAUAUUCGUGUACCUGGAGGGAGACAUCAAAGCUCAGUUCAUUGGGCCUUUGGUGUUUGGUGGCAUGAACCUGACAAGGGACGAAUUGGAGUGGAAGAUUUCAGAGUCGGGUGCCAUCAAGACAGACCUGGAAGAGAAUCCCAGGAAGCAGAUCCAGGACCAGCUCAUGUCUUCAGUCAGGGCAUGUGUCUCAGCCAGGGAGGAGAGUGACUCAGAAGACGACUAACUCCUGCAAUGGCAUCAAGGUUGAUACAAGUACUCCUGUAGCCAGUGUUCCCACCUAUAGCACUGGAGAUACUCAUCAAGAUCUCUGAGCCCUAAAUGGGAAGUACUUCAUGACAGAAAUGAAAAAAUGUUGGUGGUGGUUUUGCUUUUUUUAGUUUUUUGUUUGUUUGGGUUUUUUAAAAUCAACUUAUUGCAGCAUCACUGAAGAUCCUGAAAGACAUUUUAUAUUAUGAAGCCCAAGUAAAUCUUUUAAUAUACAGACAUCAAUGGAACAGAGGUCUCAUGUUAUUAUUUUCUUAGUAAAUUGCUGACUGCAUAAAGAAAUCUAAUAUCUGAAGUGGCCUUAAGUGCACCGAUUUCAACAAGUUUAACUUGUAUAAAUCAUAUAAACAGUUGGCAUUAAACAGUUUGGUUAAAGGAGUUAUUUGGGCCUUCUCUUAGCCCAUUGUCUGUAAGUGUUCCAACAGCCUGGAUCUUGUGCAGUGCAUGGGGAGGUGACCCACCAUGUAGGUACUGCUGAAGGUGGCAUGUGGUCCUUUGCAGAAGUGUGCUCGCAGGGCGACCUGCACAAGGCUGUGAGUUGGAAGUCCAGACAUCUUGAGAGAGGCCUUGGUGACAGAUAGUCAGAAUCUUCUGGGAUCUACCGAGUCCCGAGUCUCCUUUCAUUUAGCAGCAGUGCUUUGUCUUUUACAGAGGCUGAGCUUCCUGUACCAUCUUAUCUGCUAAUUGGGAAAGAGUAUUCAAGAUGGUGAGUAGUGUUCAAGUUCGACACUGCUGAUCUUCUGGAGUAAAUCAUCUCUCUGGUGUGUUACUACAGUAUUGCCGUUGCCAAGUAGGAAGGAGAAUGAUGUUUGAAGACCUGACAUCUUUCUGUAUGAAAAAACUUUUAGGUACAGCAAUAAGAUUGAGGCAGCAGAAGAGAGUGAACUGAAAUACCUCCUUAAUUAUUGAUCUGCUGAUACUCAGACCUUCUUAUUUUGUGCUGGAUUUAAUGUCCACCUACGCUCUGAAUUUGUCUAGACUUGAUCUGGCAAUCUCCAAGAACUUUUGCUGACAAGACUGCCCAGGGACAUUUUGUUACAUUGCUGACGGAUUCUGUGGGUGGAUGGUUACAGAAUGCAACACUCAAUAAGCAGCAGGGAUUUUUUAGUUUUGCAUUAGUUCCUAGUGAGUCUGAAGCAUGUUACCUGCACUAUCUUCCUCUUCAAAUCAGUAUGUAGUUCAAGCAAGGAAUAACUGUUGCUUAAACUUCAGGAAGUUGUAAGAUCUUGAUGGAGACUUCCUCUUUGAGAUCUGAAUGGUGGUUUGUGUGUCAUGUCUCUUGUUUUCUCUUCUGUAUUUUUUGGCAGAAUGGCUAAACCAUUGUGCAGGUGAGUCAAACACAGCAGAACACAAAUCAGUAAAUCCUGAAUAUUGUUGUUGUA